GUCUAUCGCUGUGGGGACUUGAAUAUAAAGGCUGCAUCCCAGAUUUAAACCGCAACUGAUAGGACAUUCAAGUGCACUAGGUAAACACUCCCUACUAGGGAGUCAGACAGUAGACGAGAAAGGUGCACUGGACAUCACUUCAACCAAACCAACUAAGGCAGUACUUCUACUGUACUAUUACAGCAGAGAUCGGGAGACGUUUGGACUAAAUUAAACAUUGCCUAAACUCCUACUUUCUGAAGUAUCAGAUAGAAUUUACAGAACUGGGAUUGUGCAAAGAAGGUUUGUCAACUGAGGAUGGGCGAAGCAAAACCCUCUGAGGUGGAGGAGCGACCCAAGUGGGACAACAAGGUUCAGUACCUGUUGACCUGUAUUGGCUUUGCAGUGGGACUUGGAAAUGUUUGGCGCUUUCCUUACCUGUGUCAAAUUUAUGGAGGAGGUGCAUUCCUUAUUCCCUACCUCAUAGCGCUGGUGUUCGAGGGCCUCCCCCUGCUCUACCUGGAGCUGGCUAUUGGACAGAGGCUCCGCAUGGGCAGCAUCGGCGUCUGGAAUGCUAUCUCACCACUGCUGGGAGGAGUCGGUAUUGCUUCAAUGAUUGUGUCAUUCCUGGUGGGUAUUUUCUACAACACCAUUCUGGCCUGGGUUCUCUGGUACUUCUUCCACUCAUUCCAAAACCCCCUGCCGUGGAGUUAUUGUCCUCUCAAUGAAAGCCUCACAGAAUAUAACGUGGAGUGUGAAAAGAGCACUUCCGUGAAUUACUUCUGGUACCGUGAGACCCUGAACAUCACACCUAACAUAGAGACGAGUGGCUCCCUGCAGUGGUGGAUGGUCGUCUGUCUGGCCAGCGCCUGGUGUGUGGUCUACAUCUGCUUCAUCAAAGGCAUUGAGUCCAUGGGAAAGGCUGUGUACGUCACAGCCACCUUCCCUUAUCUGGUACUGACCAUCUUCCUGAUCCGAGGCCUCACUCUGCCUGGAGCCACUGACGGACUAAUCUACCUCUUCACUCCUGAUUGGGAGAUACUGAAGAACCCCCAGGUGUGGCUGGACGCUGCAACCCAGAUCUUCUUCUCUUUGUCGGUGGCCUUUGGAGGUCUUAUAGCCUUCUCCAGCUACAAUUCAGAAAGAAACAACUGUGAGAGGGACGCUGUUUUAGUGGGAGUAAUAAACAGCGCCACGUCUCUGUACGCCUCCAUUCCAAUCUUCUCUAUUCUGGGAUUUAAAGCUACCACUGCCUACAACUCCUGUUUACAAGAAAACAUCUUGGUUUUGACCAACCACUUUGAGAUUUCAGAUCAAAACAUAACAUUAGACAACUACAAGCAGUGGUUUAAGUAUCUGAAUGAAACUCACUAUGAGGCGGUGACCAGUUUGCAACUGAAGUCCUGUGACCUGCAGACAUUCCUUGACCAGAGCGCUUCAGGUACCGGCCUGGCUUUUAUUGUCUUCACAGAAGCCGUCAAAGAGAUGCCAGCCUCACAGAUAUGGGCCAUAUUGUUCUUCGUCAUGCUCUUCUGCCUCGGUCUGUCCUCCAUGUUUGGCAACAUUGAGGGAGUCCUCACACCCAUUCGCGACCUCAAAAUGGUUCCCAAGUGGAUGCCUAAUGAAGUUUUAACAGGGCUCGUCUGCCUAGUAUCCUUUCUGACAGCUCUCAUCUUCACCCUGGGUUCUGGGAACUACUGGGUGGAGGUCUUCAAUGGCUAUGUGGGCUCUGUGCCUCUCCUUAUUAUUGCCUUUUUUGAGAUUACUGCGGUCAUUUAUAUCCGUGGAAUGAAAAACUUCAGUGAAGAUUUAUAUUUUAUGACUGGGAGGAGGCCCAACAUCUUUUGGAAAGCCUGCUGGAUGGUGAUUAGCCCUGUAAUGCUCCUGGUGGUGCUGAUUGCCUAUGUGGUCAUCCAAGCACAGCAACACCCCAGCUACCCUGCAUGGAACCCAGAUUACGACCUAUUCCCCCAAACUGAACAGACGCCAUACCCAGACUGGGUCUUUGCCAUUAUCGUCCUUCUCUGCCUAGUCCCUGUUAUUCCCAUCCCUCUGGUGGCUCUCUACAAACUCAUCCGCCGUGCCAUUAGGAAGCCCUCGGCUCGCGCUGACCCGAACCCCUACUGCAAUGAUGGCUUUGAAAUCGAAACACAUGUAGUGGUCAGAAGAAGAUCUUAGGAAGUUUUGCAAAUAACAAAAUGAACUUAGUUCCUGAUGUGAAUGGAACAUCCAGACAAGUGACACUGCUUCACCCUAAUUCAACAGCAGUAGGCAUAUGCAGUACCACUGAACUGCAAUGUAGAUGUCUGUUGAUUUGUGAAGUUUACAUUUAUUUGGACAGACAUAUGACAACUCACACUUGUUUACCAAGUAAUAAAACUGCAUUUGUUUAA